UCUUUCUUGGAAGUGGUCGUUCCCACCCAGUGUAUGACAUUCGCAGGAGACCAGCACACAGGCAUGCUUUGUCCAGCUGUUCGUGCUGAAAAAGAAUAAAGCAGAUGCCAGCGAGGCUCGGCGAGGCGAUGGGAGGGAGCGCAGGUGAGCCGACGUGAGACAGCAGCGCUCACAUGGGAACUGUAUCGCUCUAUCCGAUCCGCGUUUUGACACUUUAAUGGACACGUCAGGAAACAGCAUGACUGCUGUACGAGGAGCGCACUCAAACAACGCGAGCCCCUCUCCAUCCAAAGAGAACGGACACACCGCUCAGCCCAGCCCCAACUUUCCCCAUCCCUCAGCGGGGAGCGAAUCCUACGACACCUCGGUGUAUUCCACCAGCGAGCUGACCCAAACCUGGGUCCACUUCGUCAAAACAUUCGUGCUCAUCUUUCCCAUUUAUGUCCUGGGUUAUUUCGAGUUCAGUUUCAGCUGGCUGCUGAUUGGACUUUUUAUCUUUUUCUGCUGGAGGAGAACCACAGGAGGGAAGCACACCCGGCUGAGCCACGCUCUGGCUUUCUUUGACCAAGAGGAACGAAGUGCCAACCAGGGGCUCACCACCUCUGAUUUACCACCAUGGGUCCAUUUCCCAGAUGUGGAGAGGGUGGAGUGGUUAAACAAGACGGUGAGACAGAUGUGGCCGUACAUCUGCCAGUUUGUGGAAAAGCUGUUCCGCGAGACGAUCGAGCCGGCGAUAAAGGAGUCCCACGCCCACCUCAGCACCUUCUGCUUCAGCAGGAUCGACAUGGGGGAUAAACCCCUCAGGAUCAACGGGGUCAAGGUUUAUACAGAAAACGUGGACAGAAGGCAGAUCAUCAUGGACCUGCAGAUCAGCUUCGUUGGGAACACUGAGAUCGAUGUGGACAUCAAACGCUACUACUGCAAAGCUGGAAUCAAGAGCAUCCAGAUCCACGGCGUGUUGAGGGUGGUGAUGGAGCCGUUGCUAGGGGACAUACCUCUGGUUGGAGCUCUGUCCCUGUUUUUCCUCAAGAAGCCACUUCUUGACAUAAACUGGACCGGCCUCACCAAUAUUCUAGACAUCCCUGGGCUCAACGGCUUCUCCAAUAAUCUGAUCCUGGACAUCAUCUACAAUUAUUUGGUUUUACCCAACCGAGUUACAAUCCCGUUGGUCGGAGAGGAGAAACUGGCCAAGCUACGCUUUCCGAUGCCGAAGGGAGUCCUAAGGAUUCACUUCCUGGAGGCCCAGGAUCUGGAAGGGAAGGACCAGUUUCUGGGAGGGCUGAUCAAGGGCAAGUCGGACCCUUAUGGUAUCCUGCAGGUCGGCACCCAGCUGUUCCAGAGCAAGACCAUUAAAGAGAGUCUUCAUCCCAAAUGGAAUGAGGUGUAUGAGGCUCUGGUCUAUGAGCCCUCUGGCCAACAUCUGGAAAUUGAGCUGUUUGAUGAAGAUCCAGACAAAGAUGACUUCCUUGGAAGCCUCAUGAUUGAUUUGACUGAGCUAUAUAAAGAGGAGAAGGUUGAUGAGUGGUUUGUACUAGAAGAAGCUCCUACUGGGAAACUUCACCUCAAACUGGAGUGGCUGUCUCUGUUCUCCACUCCUGAGAAGCUGGACCAGGUGCUGAGAAGUGUUCGCGCAGACAGAAGCCCGUUCGGUGACGGACUGUCGUCAGCUCUGCUGGUGGUCUAUCUGGACUGUGCUAAAAACCUGCCUGGCGUCUUCACAGGCAGCUUAGGCUGCGGCAACUUAAGCGAGAGGAGAGCAUCUGGCUUAAUCUUUUGUGAGAGCGAUACAUCCGAGUGUAGAACUAUUUUUAGCAACCUGUCAGACCUCCCCCAUGACGGGUUGAAGCAAGUCUCAGUCUUUAAGGCCUUGAAGUCAGCCAAGAAGAGCAGCAGUGAGCCCAGCCCUUAUGUCCAGUUCACAGUGGGCCAGAAAACACUAGAGAGUAAGGUCCGGUACAAGACCAGGGAACCUCUGUGGGAGGACUGUUUCCCAUUCCUCGUUCACAAUCCGAAGAGACAGGAGCUGGAGGUGGAGUUAAAAGAUGACAAGCACAAGUGCAUGCUGGGUAACUUGAGGGUGCCUCUGAGCAGCCUGCUGACGGAGGAGGACAUGACGCUGGUUCAGUGCUUUCCUUUGAAGAACUCGGGACCCAACUCCAUCAUCAAACUGAAGAUGGCCCUGAGGAUCCUGUCCUUAGAGAAGCAGGUGUCUUCAGACCUGCCCUCAUCAGUGCAGGUCAGGAAGUCCAGUGUCCCUCAGCCUGGUGCUGCUCCAUCUCUGAGCCUUUUUCCGUCGGAAUCCCCACCUCCUUCUGCCACUCCUCCGCAGCCCGUCCAUGCUUCCACGCUCACCCUCCAGGACCCAGACGGCGAGCCGUACUCGGCCAGCCCUCGCCGCAGCGUGUCCGACUUGAGCAGCUGCAUGUCCAACUCCCAGAAGCACCUGCCUCACAAAGAGUCCUCCCACAGCCUGGCCUCGGACAUCUCUCUGCCCACGGCCGGCCUGGAGCUGCAGCAACGACUUCGGCUGCUGCAGAAUGGCUCCGUCCCCGGUCAGUACCCGCUGGGUGAGAUCAAACUGACUAUCCGACACAGCUCCCAGAGGAACAAACUGGUGGUGGUGGUGCACGCCUGCCGUAACUUGAUAGCCUUCACCAAAGAUGGCUCCGAUCCCUUCAUCCGCCUUUAUUUGUUACCGGACAAGAGCCGGACGGGGAGGAGGAAGACGAACACGAUCAAGAGAACUCUGAACCCUACUUAUGAUCAAACGGUUGAGUUUAGCGUCUCAAUGGUGGAGCUCCACAGAAGAACUCUGGAUGUUGCUGUGAAGAAUGGAGGGAGCAUCCUGUCCAAACACAAAGGUCUUUUAGGAAAGGUGCUGGUAGAUUUAAGCAGCGAUGAUAUAUCGAAAGGUUUAACACAAUGGUAUGACUUAAGUGAAGAUGGUUUGUCAUCUCAAAGCUUUAGAAGAAGUCACGAGUCUCUCGUAACAUUGUGAAAACACCUUUUCUGAUCCAAAAUAACAACCUUGGACAACUGCUUUCUUCAUUUAUGUUGUUUAAUUUGCAAGUUUAAAUUCAGCAUGUGAGAACUUUUUUUGUUUUGAGUUCAUAUUUAUGAAUUGGAGACAUUGUUUUAUAAAGUGUUGAAACCUACUACCUGCCUUGUCUUUUCUUCAGUGUUUCAUGUAAAUCCAUCCAUCCAUCCAUCCAUUGUCUGGACCCGCUUUGUCCACGUAGUGUCGUUGGGGGGGGUGCCUAUCUCCAGCGGUCAAUGGGCAAUCAGGCGGGGUACACCCCGGACGGAGAGCCAGUCCAUCGCAGUGUUUCAUGUAAAUAUCAAUAUGUUAAUUUAUAAAUUGUAUAUAUAGUUUCAACAAGUUGCAGGGGUUUUCAUGGCAUUAUUUCCCUAAGGGAGGUUUUAUAGACACUUGUCCAAAUUAUUUUAACUAUUUAUUUUUAUGUUUCUAUUUACAAAAAAAAUUUACAAUUCUGGUUUUGGUGUUUGUGAAAACCAACCAAAUAAGCAGAAACAGUUGCAAAGUAGUUUUAAGUAGCAGGUUUUUUUGUAUGUCUAUAUAUUUUUUUCUGUUCUGCUGAGUGUGAUUUGAUUAUUUUUACCUCCUAUGCCAGUUUAAAAACAAGGAAUGCACAUAUGCAAAAUCUGACAUGUUCUCUCUUAGUUUUAGGAGAUUUGUACAAUUUUUGUGGUUCUGAGAAUCUUCUCAGACACUGAAUAGGGCAACAAAAAGUGUGUACCCUACAGAUGUGACAAUGGAUACUUGAAUAAGGGUUUGAUUGUCAAACCAAAUGUGAGUCAUGCAAACAAAGUGAAGUUUAAACAAAGAUAAAGGCUGCAUUUUAUUAUCAGGCUGACAGAAUAAUGAUGCAUCUGUUCUAUGUAUUUGUGCUUGUAUAUGUUUUGCCAUGCAAUGUAAUAGGUUGUUGGAACUUUUGAUAUAUUUUUUUCUUCACCUACCCUGUGCCUUAAAAACCCACGAUGUGAGUUUUUCUUAUUUUUUUUUUGUCAAAUGUUAUGAUUUUAAAUCACCUAAUGCAUCGGGAAUUUUGAUGAAUAAAUAGUUUUGUUUGGAAAAUUC